AAGAGGCACAGGGGUGCGGGAAGCUGGACGUCUCCCCCUGCACCGGCGACGCUGGGCUGCGAGUUGUUAUAGCAACAUGGUAGCAGGAAGCCUGUCGAAGCCUGUGUGUGGUUUAGUUUAGUUUAGGCAUGCAUGCAACCAAGAAGCAAACGUCAGAUGGAGUUUUGGAAGAGCAAAAACCAUGGCAGACGCCAGCUUUGAGAAAGAGUUUUUGGACACCCACAAUGCCUACCGCAAGAAGCACCAGGCGCCACCGCUGACAAUGAGCCGGGACCUCUGCAGCUCGGCCCAGGCCUGGGCCAAUCACCUGCUGUCAAUCAAAACGCUGCAGCACAGCGACACCAAGAACGGAGAGAACCUGUACUACGCAUGGAGCUCCGGGCCUAAGAAGCUGACCGGCAAGGAAGCAGUGGAUAGCUGGUACAGCGAGAUCAAGGACUACCACUUCAGCAACCCAGGAUUUGCGUCCAACACAGGGCACUUCACCCAGGUGGUGUGGAAGGAUACUACGGAGGUGGGAGUCGGCCUGGCGACGGAUGGACAGACUAUUUUUGUGGUGGGCCAGUACAGUCCUGCAGGCAACAUGUGCAACGAGGGCUACUUUGAGAAGAACGUCCUUCCUGCAGCUGGCGGAAGCAAAGAAGAAGAAGGGGCACACGGGGGGGGCCCCAGCCCCCCCAAGCACAGAAAGCCAUCCUGCAGUCUGCUAUAGCACCGGUCACUCGGCUGGCGGCGGGGGGGUGGGGGUAAGGGGGGCAGCCACCCGCCGUCACCUCCCGCCUGACCAGCCACAGUGUGUGCAGGUCUCUGCAUCCACCUCCAUGCAUCCAUCACAGAAAUCUCCACACGCUUCAACAUCCCACCAACGGGUAACACAGAGAUCGAGAUGCCAUGGUUUUAUGAUCUUUGGUAACACAGAGAUCGAGAUGCCAUUCGAUAAAUGCACCAACCGAUUCAACACAUUCCUUUCUUUUUUAAAUAAGCAUGCAUACUACAUACAUAUAUGAGAAAAAAUACUACUACGUACUAGAGGAAAAAUGUAAUCUCUUUUUAUACUUCAU